CUGGUUUUCUCUAUAUCCAGAUGCAGUCUAUAAAAACAGAACACAAUUUUUGUUUAUGCAAUUAGUACUUCUAUGGAGGGAUUUAAAGCUUUGCCUGUGAAGUUCAGCACAAAAUCAGUGGCAUCACACUGGCUGUUUUGCAAAGAGCACACUGUCCGUGAAAAGAAUGAAAGCAAACCAGCAGGCAGGACACUGUUUAUAGUGAAUGUUCCGCCAUACUGCACACAGGAUAGCUUGAAAAAUGUAUUCAGCAAGUGUGGUGAAGUAAAUGCUGUGUACUUCCAUCAGAAGCCAACAGCUGGCCUUCCUCCCCAGGAAGAAUCAGCUUUCUUCCCAAAACAUCCCCCUGUGAAGGGCUUCAAAGUGGCUUACGUUGUAUUCAAGAAACCAUCUGAGCUGCAAAAUGCAUUGAACCUGAGCGUAACUGAGCCACUUGUAUUAUCAAGCAAGAAGUCUCCCAUCAUUUGUGGUGUAAGAAAAUGGUGUGAAGAAUACAAUGCAAGGAUACCUGAUCCAGAAGCUGUUCAGAAAGAUAUAGAUCAGUUCAUGGAGAAAUUUGAUCUCAAUGCAGCAAAGGAAGCAGAGUUAGAGAAACAAGCAAUGGAAGAAGAUAAUGAGGGUUGGGUGACUGUCACCAAAAGGGGUAGAAAACCGGGCUUCGCACGAAAAGAAAGUGUAGGAAGACAGAUUUUGGCCAAGGAAAAGAAAAAGCGCUCCAAGAAAGAGUUGCAAAAUUUCUACACAUUCCAGAUAAAGGAAUCAAAAAUGAAACAUAUUAUUGCAUUGAGACAGAAAUUUGAAGAAGAUAAGAAGAAAAUAAUUGCGUUAAAACAGUCACGAAGGUUCAAACCAUUUUAAUCUUCCUUUGUGUACAGUUUUUUUUUAAAUAUAUUUAUAAAUAAAAUGUUUUUAUUAAUGCUAAUAAAGACUUCUCCCACUUUC